AAGUUAGAGUUUAAAUAGAAAAGUAAUAAAAAUUAUUUUAAAAAAAUUGUAGUUAUUGAAUAUAAUUAUAAAUACAAGUAUAGUACUAAACAAAAAUAGUUAACAACAAUAAAAUGUUACUAGUUAACUUAGUAAAUGUUUUACUAGUAGCCAGUAGUUGUAUUACUAUUGUUGUCUAUGGACAACAACAACAACAACAACUACCCCAACAACAAAUACAACCCACACUUUCAAACCCACAACAACCCCAACAACAACAGUCACAAUCAGAUGGACAACAGUUAUCAAUCUUUCAAUCAAAAGUACAACAAUUAGAGAAACGAUGGACUGAUGAACACAAAAGUUUUUUAUCGAAACAAAUUUGUUCGCCUAAUAGUACUAUCAAUAGUCAGAUACUCAACAAUUUUAUGUCAUGUAGUCGUCCAAAGUUAGGUCCGCAACAAAAUAAAACUACAAACUUAUUAAAACUGGAAGCAAAAGAGUUAGAAAUUAAAACUGAAUGUUCUAUAGGACUGGAUAGUAGACUAGUUAACUAUAAUCAUGUAAACCUAAGUGAUCCAGUUAGUAAAUUUAUCAUGCUCAGUUAUUGUGUUGGACAUGUAUAUCAACAGUGUGUGGAUGAAAAAAUGAUGGCAUUUCUGAAUAAUAAUAAACAGUUAGUAAUGGAAUUGGAUAUUGAAAAACAUGAGGGAAAACAUGGAGUACUACCUAAAAAAUUUAAAGAUUUAGAAUGUGAAAAAUUAUCAUUGGGUUUAACAGAUUGGCCAGAUUAUCAAGGUAAAUUAGUUAAAGAACAAGAAUAUCUGUAUAACAAUAUUAUUCAACAACAACUAUGUAAUUCACCGGAUAAUGUCAAUACAAACAUAAUAAAUGCUUUAAGAAAUUGUAAACCAGAAAUGAUUAUUCAACCACAACAUCCACCGAAUUGGAAGUUACAAAUUGAAAAACUUAAUCAAUUAACUGACGAUUGUUUAUAUGAUGAUGAAAGCCAAUCUCAAUUGACUAAAUAUAAUCAAUCGAUAGUUGAUUUGCAAACCGAUAAAAAUGUUGCAAAACAAUUAUUAUUAUAUUGUAGUCAAACAUAUGAAUAUUGUCAUCAUUCGAAAAUAAUUGAAAAUAUAGAAUCCAACGAAAAACUAACCAAAGAUUAUAAAAAUGAAAUCAAAAAUGGAUUAAUUAAUACAACAAAAUAUAAUGAUCUUAGAGACUGUGUAAUGAAAGUUUUUGGCAUAAAAUUUAAAACAAUUACAUUCUACUAAAGAUAUGCCAGAAAAAGCAUUGAAAUUACAAUAAUUGUAUUGUAUUUUAAACAAUUUGACAAAA